GGUGCUUGUGGUGGUGGUGGCGGUGGUGGUGGCGGAAAACAGCAAGAUGUACAGGAAGAGAGGCCAAGGUUCCUGCGGGGAUGACCUUCGGAGGCUCCCAGUGCAGUCUGUUAUGUUCUGCGCCAUUGUUUGUUUUCAAGAAAGUCGGUGCAGUGGCUUCAGCUUCGAGAGAUUGGCGCUAAACACGUAUUGCCAACUGCACGAAACUUACAGCAAUCCGGAUGGCAGCCCUGACACCGUGUGCUACUUCCCGGGUACUCAAACUACAACAACUCAGCCACCACAGACAACAAGCACUGCACGGCCACCCUUCAUGAGUCCGACAGCAACAUCAGGGGCCUUGGCACCGUCAACAACAACAUCAGGGGCCUUACCACCGCCAGUGACAACAAUGCCUCCUGCGACGAGCAUCUUGAAUAAGCAGAAAAUCAACAUCAACCAGAAGCAGAAAUGUCCCAGUAACGGGGCAGCUAUCGGCAUCUACCAGGACACAGACUACUUCCUGAUCUGCACCCUGGCGCCUAAUCUUCUCAACUUCAACGUUGGAGAGCCGGAGGAGCAGUGCACUAACCCUAACAAUCAAAUAAUCUGCAUGAAGCAAUGUGAAGCGGGGAGCAUCAUCAUGGGGUACCGCCAAGCCAUGUACACGUCACAGGGUCCGUGUAGCAAUGGGUUCAACGGUAAUGGUGUCACGAUGCUGGAUAACGAUGACUGCCACACCAUCAGCGGCCUCAUGCAGCUGCUACCGGACAAAGAAUCCACGUGGUCUCAGUGGAGGGUGUGCGGCGGGGACUCAGUCAACCUGUAUGUGAUGACUGGGGCGGAGGUCAGUCUGAGUGUCCAGGGAGUGUGGAUGAUCGAUAGUAUUACGUGUUGUCGUGUUCGCCUUGCCUAGUGCGUACAUACACUUAUCAUUUAGUUUGGAAUUGUCACUUUUGCUUUUCUUUAGGGACUGGCAUCUCAGAGGGCUUUCUUUUUUUUUUUUUCAUCUCCCCUUUUUGUUUCCCAUGGCCAGUGUCCUUACUUAAAGAAAAGAUGUUCUUUGCUAUGUCUAAUUGACCUUUCCACUGCAAAUAAAACGGAUUUAACAUUUACAUGCUUACUGUGAAAAAACAAAACACCUGUUAGCAUAAUAAGAACGUUUGUUGAAAUUUAUCACUUAU